GAGGGGGUGCAGAUCAGCCCAAAAGCAGAUAGAAAAAAAAAAAAAAAAAAGAAAAAAAAAACAGCAAAGAAACCAAAAAGAUACACCAACAUAGCGCCAAACAGAAAAAAGGUUUAGUUGAAGCAUAGGAUAAAAAGGGUCAUCACCCACAAAGGCUGUGUGGCAGAAGAAAAAACCUACCCAAGUGAAAGAGAUUGGAAGGGAGUCUCUUUAGAUUCAUACAAGUCCAACCCUUUUCUUUCUUUCAUCACCUCCACUAUCCGCAAGAGAUAGAGUAUAGAGCACUAAAAAGUCCAUCCUUCCAUCUUAUAUAUUUGUCUCUCUCCUUAUAUUCUCUUUCCACUCUUCUUCCUCUAUUUUCCAUAUCCCUUUCUUUUAGUCUCCCAAAUCUUCUUUUCAUAUCAAGAAGGAUCAAUAUGGAAACAGCCCCAAAGCUUUAGAAUUUCAAUCGCAAGUUUUUUCCCAGAGAGGAAGAGGGAGAUGCGUGGAUUCAAAGAAGAAGAUCAAGGAGAGUGUUCUCAAACUAUCCAUAACUUCCAAGGCUACCAAGAACAACUACUUCUCCAACACCACCAACAAAUGCAACAGCAACAACAGCAGCAAAGCAAUGAUAUUUAUGGAGGAGCUCGAGGAACCGGAUUGAUUUUCCCUGAAGCUUCACCAAUCUUACCGUGGCCUCUCCCUCCAGUCCACUCCUUCAACCCAGUCCACUUCACUUCCAACCCGGUUCGUGACCACGACCCAUUUCUUAUCCCUCCAGCACCAUCAUCAUAUGGAAGUCUCUUCAACAGGCGAGCUCCUGCCCUGCAGUUUGCAUAUGAUGGUUCAUCAAGUGAUCAUCUUAGAAUCAUAUCCGACACUCUUGGACCGGUGGUUCAACCCGGUUCAGCUCCUUUUGGGUUGCAAGCUGAACUGGGGAAGAUGACUGCUCAAGAAAUCAUGGAUGCUAAGGCUCUUGCUGCUUCAAAGAGUCACAGUGAGGCCGAAAGGAGGAGAAGAGAAAGAAUCAACAACCAUCUUGCUAAGCUACGCAGCUUACUACCCAGCACAACCAAGACGGACAAAGCUUCAUUGCUAGCAGAGGUGAUCCAACACGUUAAAGAGCUAAAACGCCAGACUUCUUUGAUAGCUGAAACAAGUCCAGUACCGACCGAAAGUGAUGAGCUAACAGUGGAUACAUCAGAUGAAGAUGGUAAAUUUGUGAUCAAAGCUUCACUUUGCUGCGAAGACAGGUCUGAUCUUUUGCCUGACCUAAUAAAGACCUUAAAAGCUUUACGCUUAAGAACACUAAAAGCUGAGAUUACAACACUUGGUGGGCGAGUUAAGAAUGUUUUAUUCAUCACUGGAGAAGAAGAUUCUUCAAGUGACAGCAAUGAGCAGCAGCAACAACAGCAGCCACAAUAUUCUAUAAGUUCAAUCCAAGAAGCAUUGAAAGCAGUUAUGGAGAAGACCGGUGGUGAUGAAUCUUCUUCAGGGAGUGUUAAGAGACAGAGAACCAAUAUCAAUAUCCUUGAACAAUAACAACAACAACACAGGUCUCUAUAAUUUGCUAAGAGUACGUCACUCAUCUUCUUCUUCCAUUUGUUUCUUGGUAUUCUUCUCCUUUUCUUUUUCACUUUGCUUGUGGGUGUGUCUUUUUUGGUGUGUUUUUGCGUAAUUUUUCGCCAGUGAACAGACAGGUAAUGAUGGUGUGUUUUGUGUACUUACAUCACUCCAAAAUAUAAAGGAAAUGUAGAGGGAGAGUAUGGAUUGUGGUUGGUAUUUCUUGGUGGGGUUCCCUUCUCAUUUUGGUGUGCAUUAUUCGGGUUUGGUUGUGCAUAAAGAGAACCAGCAUGAGAGAGAGAGAGAGAGAGAGAGAGAGAGAGAGAGAGAGGCAUGCAGUACACUAGUAGACAAGAAAGAAAGGGCAGAGAUCAGAGAAGAAGAGCAAGUAGUCCACAUUUUCUAUGUUAGGUUUUGAUAUAAGGUUUCUGUUCCCACGAAAAAGAUUUUUCCUAUGAAGGACAAAUCAGACUAUACUCUCUGUCUUUCUCUCGUCAUUUGGGUGGAAUUUAUGGAUCAUCAUAAGAUCAGUGGUGACGAUGUUGUUCUCAUCGUGUGCUUUGCUACGUCCCUACUCCCCACCCACCACCGUAUCUCCAUCUUCUACUUCGGCUUCUUAAUUAUCAGUGCAAUGUUGUUCCACUAACAGUAAUCCCUUGUUUAAAACCAAAACCAAAAAAAGAGAGGGAGAAAAACCCUAACGAGGUAUGCAUGGUUUCGUGAAUCACAAGAGUUUCUGAUGGACUCGUGAUAUAAUUAUCUGGGGAAUCUACAUAUACAUAAUAUUGUGUUUGACUUUUUCUCUCCUGUCUCCUUUCUUUUUCUUUUUCUUUUUUCUUUUUUCUUUUUUUAUUUCCUAUUUCCUUCUUUCUUAAAUUUUGCUAUAUGGGGUUUUCUAUAAAAAAAAUGUUGUACUGCUCAAUGCAUUUUAUUGAAAUGGAUCUAAUUUAGAGAGAUUAUUAUUUUUUUAA